AUGAUACAAAUGAGAAGUGUAGAUCAAAAUUCUCUUAGACCAAGGACUACCGCCGGUAGUUUCCAAUAUUUAUAUAAGAGAGCUGAUAGUGAUUCAAGUUCCUCUUCAAAAACCUCUAGUAGCAAAUCUACAAAAUGUACCGGUACUAAGGCACAAUGUGAAAAACCAAGUAUGAAUUCACAUUCUACAAGUGUGACUGUUGGUGUCGCAGUAGCAGUCCCAGUCGCGGUUGUGAUUAUUGCAUUAGCUGCAAUUUUAAUCGUCGUAUACAAAAGAAGCAAAAGAGAAGCUCAAGAAGAUAACGACCCUGAUUUCGAUGGUGAUGGAGAAUAUUUACCAAAUGUUCAUCCGUACGCAACACAACCACAAUAUUAUCCUACAAAUGAUCCUCAAUUUGCUACUAGAAACCAAAAUACCUAUCCGCCACAGCAACAGCAGCAACCGCCUAUUGAAAAUCCAUUUUCUAAUAUGCAAAGAGUAGACUCGUCAUGGGCUGUCGAACCAUUUCAGUUACCUAAUACCGAUGAUACAAACUCAUUGAGAGAGUUCGCCAAACAAGUUCAAAAUGAUAAACUUGGCGGAUAUCAUUUGGCAUCAAGAAAUGGAAGUCGGGUAGAGCUUUCCCAACAAUCAUCUAGUGUUUCUAUACCGACUAUCAAAGAUACCAUUAAAUUUGCUGCAACCGACGACUCAAGAUUCGAAACCAACAAUAACGGGUAUUCAAAUUCUCAAAGAACAGGAACGAUUGAUUUUGAGAGUAGUUCUAAUGGAAGUCCAAAUACUUUCUUAGAUGAGAAACUGGUGAAAAAUUCAACAGUUUCAAUUCCAACUGAUGAGUUACCAUUAAAUACUACACAAAAUGCGAUUCAAAAUACAUUGGAACCAUAUAACGAUGCCUUUGAAUUUGAAAAUAAUCGUGAAGAUGAUGCUGAUGAGAACAAUGAGGAUGAUUAUACUAUUCCUCUCUCUAGUUCAGAGGAAGAAGAUAUUAAAAGAAUGAAAAGUAUUUACCAAGUAUAUCUAGACAGGAAUGGAACAACUUAUCAAAAGGCGGGCAAGAUGAACGAAUCUGAUACACCUUUAGAAACUGCAACCAAAAAUACAAAUUUACCGAUGGAACAAACAACUUAUCCUACAGAAGUUGUGGAAGAUGUGAGCAACCAAUAUGGAAAUCUAGACUUCCAAAGCAAUCAUGAAAAUAAAAAUACCGAUACUUCUGCUACAUUAGCCGUUCCUACGUCAAAGACAAGAGCGGCAUCUUCUAUAUAUUCUGAAGCACCCUUUCAACUGAGCGCACAACAGCACUAUCAACCACAACAAAGUUAUCAACAACCACAGCAACAAUAUCCACAAUAUUUGCAACCCUUACAGCAAGUUCCUCCUCAACCAUAUUUACAAUACCCACCCCAAGCAUAUAAUCCACAAAAUCAAUAUUAUCAAUCACAACAACAAUUCAAUCAUCCUCAAACAUUAGAAACCAUUGGUGAAUUGCCAACACCUACUGGACUGAUGAAUUCCGCAUCAUCGCAUUCCUUAACAUCUUUUAGAAACCCAAGUAAACAGCAGAUACAAUUACAAACAGCAAGACUUAAUGGUACUGCCUUGAAUCCUGUCGACCACCCAGAAAUGUUCUACACCUCUACUCCAGACGCUUACAACAAUGGCCAAGGAAAUGGAUAUGCAGGUACCGAUGCUUCAAUCCAAACGAAUAUGAAAAAGGAAACAUCGACGGCUCCAUUACCUUUCCAACUUAGACAGAGUAUCGUUAUGACAAAUCCGCACGAUUUGCAAGCUGUUCCAACCCACAAACCAGCAGGCUCAUUUAGAAAUAUUAAUGCUGCUAAUAAUUCCAGAAAUAACAGUUUGACUUCACAAACUAAUCCAUACUACCAGCAACAACAAAGACAGUUCAAUUCUCGUGUAAGUGGUAUAUUAGAAGAAACAGAUACAGUUCAACCACCACGUAUGGGUGCUAUACUUCCGCACAGUGGUUCUCAAGAAGAUUUAAGAAGACAACUUGGGUCCUCGGACAAUUAUAAUGUCACAUAA